AUGCAUGGAACUGAAAAUAUAGAGCUAAUUCACAUAGAUACACGAGAAACAGUGAAUGGGCCCAGCAAAGACAAGAGAAGCACCAAAGAAUAUCGGAGUAAAAGGGCCAUUUCAAAACCUCUCUAUAAAGAGAGAAGAGCACAGCAACUGUUACUAGUUCAUUCCACCACUCCAGUGGACUGCUGUCCUGAUGGCUGGGUUGGAUAUAGAAGGAAAUGCUACUAUUUUGCAAAGACAGAAGGAAACUGGAUAUCUAGCAAGAGAAACUGUUCUUCUUUCAGUGCCUCUUUAGCUGUAGUUGAUUCCCAAGAUGAGAUGGAUUUUUUGUUACGGUAUAAAACAUCUGCUGACCACUGGAUUGGUCUUGAGAGGGAUCUAGAAACAGAGCCAUGGAAAUGGGUUAAUGGUACUAUUUUCAACAAAUGGUUUCAGAUUCGUGGUGGAGGAAAAUGUGCUUACAUAAACGAUCAAGGAGCUGCCAGCUCCUCCUGCACAAGAGAGGAGCCUUGGAUCUGUAGCAAAUCAGUAAAGAGAUCAUAA